UCAGGGGAGGUCAGUGUAGCGUAUCUACCUGGAGCAGAUCAUCCCCAGACCUGAGAGGUUUGUGCUGAAUGGCAUGCUCAUCUUUCCCUCUCUGCUCUAGGACAGCGUGCAUCAGACCCUGCCAGGAGCCUCCUCAACAAGAAAGUGCCAGUCAUGAAGUCUCCCUUCACUGUGUUCGUGUUUCUCAUCUUUUGGGAUACAACACUAGCAGGCUUGAAUCCAUUAUCAUCAGAAUUAUACAGAAGAUGUUAUAAAAAUGGUACCUGCAGACUUGAGUGCUUUGGAAGUGAAAUGUUAGUUGCCUACUGUAUGUUUCAGCUGGAGUGCUGUCUCAAAGGAAACCCUGAGCCCUGACCUAAGAAGCCAGUAAAUACCAAUUAACUUAACAGAGAAUUUAAACUGAACUCUGACACUGUGAUGUGCCCACAGUUGUUGGUUUUCAGCUUUUUAAUAAGUCAUCAGAACAUCGAAAUCUUAUAAUCUUAGAUUUGAAAAGCUGAGCUGAUGUCUUCCUAAACACAGUUAAAGUUCUCAUGAAAAUAGGUUAUAAUAUAUUUUUUCUUGCUUCAAAGUGAUAUUCACACUCUCCUCAGUGCCUAUUUUUAUCUUUACUCAUAGAAAGGUUGUCUACAUUAUUUAUAGAGGCCCAAAAACUGUAGAAACAUCUUUUUUACACCUAGGCUUUACCCUACCAUACAUUCAGUUCCCUGUUCACUUUUUCUUUGAGCCUCUCAUCUGUAGAGGAACAGACCUGCUCCAGCCUCUAAUGACUUUGUAUAUCUCUCACAUGGACCACUUUGAUUUCACUUAAGGCUGCAACGAGUCUUGACUGGGUCUGACCCUGCAGGUCUUGAAACACAAGGGCAAAAGCUAUGUUACAAUAGGCUGUAACAAAGCAGGUUCUCAUCCACCUCCCUGGUUUCAGAGAAUGAAAUCAUGUGACUUUCCACCUCAACCCCCUUGGGUUCAGCUAUCAGACCAUUUGGCCAUGGUUCAGAGUUGGCUUCUCCACAGCCGAGUGGCUCACCACCUCUGCCAUCCACCAUCUGGCCACUCUGGGGAAGCGCCACCCUGUAAGACUAACAGCUAACACACCUGCUGGUCUUGCUUUGCUGUGUAUAAGUAAUAAAUUCUCCCACUAGAAUUCAUGGUUUUGUUUACCAGUGAACCUUACAAAAGUACGACAGGCAGGGACUUCCCUGGCAGUCCAGUGAUUAACUCUGCGCUUCCACUGCAGGGUUGAUG